GAAGGGCACAUUGCCAAGUAUACUAUUGUGGCAAUGAUAGAAUUUGCUAAGUAAAAGACUCUGGGUAGACAAACUUUCAUUUGAUUUCUGACUUGGAUACUUACUAGCUUUGGUAUCUGGAGAAAAUAACAUUAUUAAUGGACCUUAAGUUUUCUUAUCUACUUAAUGGGAAUCAUAUUAUCUUGUGAUUCUUAUUGAGAAAAUAAAGUAAAUACCUGUUACGUAAGCCCAUAAAACACAACCUGGUGCCUGCUGAUGUCUUCUAACUCCAGAUCCCUAAGCUUCUUUGUGGAAUUAAGAAAUAAAUGUUUCUCAGACCACUCCGUGGAAUUUGAUUUCUGGGAUCUUAGGAGUAAUCUGCCUUUUUUUGUUGGCUACUAUGGGAAUUUUGUUGAAAGAUUUAUAUCCUAAACAAAGUAUUCAGCCAACAUUGUCUCCAGAUGCAAUCACAGAACUCCAGAAAGGCUCUAGCUGUUGUUCUUGCCCAGAAAGGUGGAUUGGGUACCACUGCAACUGCUACUUCUUUUCUGGUGAAUUAAAAACCUGGAAAGAAAGUCGUGAUUUCUGUGUGUCUCAGAAUUCCAGUCUACUUCAGAUUGAAAACGGAGAUAAAUUGCAUUUUAUGAGCUCCAUUAAAUAUUUUUACUGGAUUGGACUCUCUUACCAUAAAGAAUGUGAUGCCUGGUUGUGGGAAGAUGGCUCCAGUGUCUCCCAAGAUCUAUUGCCAUUAGUUCAAAAAUUAAGUCCGGAGAAAUGCGUAAUCUAUAAUGCAAGACAAAGUGUUUUAGAUAUAUCCUGUGAUGAAAAAUCUCAUUUUAUAUGUGAACAAAGACUUAUUUAG